AUGUCAGCUGGGCUCAGAACGUAAACAGAGUUCCAGACUGAAGCAUGCUGUCGGCGGGACUGCAGCUGGGGCAAACCCAAGGGGGCACCCCCGCGAUCCCGGGGACCGGCACCUUUAUCAGAGGGACGCAGGGCUGGCUCCUUUUCAUUUCCUUCUUCAUCUUCAUCUCCGUGCCCCAGGGGACAUGCUGGCCCUACGAUUACAGGUAUUUAUACAACCACUGUCCUGGUCCAGAGUGGAACAUAAUGUGCAGAGGGUGUUGUGAGUAUGACGUUAUCCGAUGCAAGUGCCCCCUGCAGGGAACUCCGGUGGGCUACGCUGUACCGUGCUGUCGCAACGCCAUUAAUGAGUGUGACCCCUGUAUCAUCCAUCCAGGUUGCAGCAUAUUUGAGAACUGUAAGCGCUGCAAUAACGGAACUUGGGGUCCCAGGGAUGACUUUUUCAUCCGAGGCCAGUACUGUUCCGAGUGUCGCCCGGGCUGGUCUGGCGGUGAUUGCAUGAAGUGUGGGGGAGUUAUCCGUGAACGACAAGGCCACUUGGUGCUGGAGAGUUACCCAAAUAAUGCACGUUGUGAGUGGACCAUAGAAGUGGACCGUCCCUUCACAGUAGAGCUCAGGUUUAGGAUGAUCAGUCUGGAGUCGCAGCAGUCUUGCCAUUAUGACUACAUCGAGGUCCGGGACGGCGACAGCCUACGGUCUCGUGUAAUUGGUCGAUUCUGUGGGAACAGCAGGCCCGCCCCGAUCCGGAGCUCUGGCAACAGUCUGCACGUUCUCUUUGUGUCGGACGGGUACAAGAAUUUUGACGGUUUCUUUGCCACUUUCCAGGAGAACUCAGCCUGCAGCUCCUCUCCUUGCCUGCAUGACGGGACUUGCAUCCUUGACAGCUCAUUUACCUACCACUGUGCCUGCUUGGCUGGAUAUACUGGGAAGAGAUGUGAGAAUGUGGUGGGCUGCCACAGGCCUCCGGUGCCCACCCAUGGAUCCACAGAAGGCUUGUUUCAUCACUCCGGGGCACGCGUCUAUUUCCAUUGUGACUCAGGCUUCGAGCUGCAGGGGUUUUCUUCUGCCAUCUGUCUGAGUGACGGCACCUGGAGUGCUCCGGCCCCACAGUGUGUACCCUUGGAAAGAUUCUGCUCCCUGCCACCCAAGCCGACACAUGGCGACCAUUUUUUGGUUUAUGGGCCCAAUGAUGUGCUAAUUGCUCUCCAGUACUUGUGCUACCAGCCCUAUGAACUCAGCGGAAGUUCCCAGAGAACCUGUCUGUCCAACAACACUUGGAGUGGGACUCCUCCUGUUUGUACAAAAGUAAACAACACUCUGAUUGAUGAGGAUAAAGACAGCAAAACAGAGAUUUACAAAGACAAAGGCAAAGAGAAUGAAGAGCACAGCAGCAGAGACAAGGAUAUCCACACACAGCAAUGGAACAAAACAGUUGCCCAUGAAGAUAAAUAUACUGGCAAAACUCCAGAGAAAACUGCUUCAGAGGAGAGGAAUGAAGGAGAGACAAAAACAAUAAACGAAGGGUUGGACAGGGAAGAUAAAGUCGAUAGCAAAGGGUCCGGCGGCAGUUUGAAUACAGUUGAAAAGUCAGAAAAUGACCUAGUAACCGAGCCAAAAACGAAAUUAGAAGGCGGGAAGGUAAAUAUCACAGAGACAACCCUCGACAAAGGACAGAGCGAGAAGGAAAGAAAAGAGGAGCAGGUGAAUGGGAAAAGAGAAAAAGAAGAAGUGGGACCGAAUGACACCAAACUGAGGCCGGUUUCGCCGGUGCUAGAAAACAACACGGUCAUAGAUGAGACAAACAGGGUGACGACAGAAAAAAAGGGGUUGAAACCACCAGGGACGGAACGGAAAAUUCACCUCACCUCGAUAAACAUCACACUGUAUCGAGCGGGAGGUGAGGGAAGCGCAGCGACGGAGAAGAAAACGCAAAUGGAACUGGAUGAAGAGAGGGGGCGGAAGGAGAAGGAGAAGGAGAAGGAAGUCAAUGAGAGCUACAACGAAAGGAGCUGCCCGCCUCUCCCCAGACUUUAUCACGGCUAUCACAAGACGCUAACAGGGGUCACGCCAGAGACGGUCCAGUUCAUCUGUAAUCACUCGUACGCGCUCAGUGGUGAUUCCAGGCGCAGCUGCCAGCCAGAUGGCACAUGGAGCGGCACGCAGCCCUUGUGCGUCAGAGCGUGUCGUGAACCUAAAGUGUCCGAGUUGGUUCGACAAAAGGUUCUUCCGCCUCAGGCUCCAUUCAGAAAGACACCUGUACACAAGUUCUACUCGUCCAGUUUGGGCCGACAUGUCCAGGCUGACGGUCCAACUAAACCCCCGACGGUCCUGCCCCAACUGCCUCAGGGUUUCCAUCAACUUUACACUCACAUAGAGUACGAGUGCGCGUCUCCUUUCUACCACCACAAUGGCAGUUCUCGUCGGACAUGUUUGAAGACUGGGAAGUGGAGUGGGCGCCAUGUCUCUUGUUCACCAGUAUGUGGGAAGCAUCCCACCUUUGACCCGGAGAGGCCUGCGGAGGCCCACUGGCCUUGGCUGGCAGCCAUCUACCGACACUCCACAGACGAAGCCAAGAGCAAAGUGACCAAGGCAGACGGCCAGGCCGGUUCCCUGAAGGAGGACGGAGGACACGGACCGGGCAAACAAAAUCAAGGCUGGCAGCUUGUAUGCAGCGGAGCACUGGUCAACCAGAGGAGCGUCGUGGUCGCCGCACAUUGUGUGACGGAGCUGGGGAAAGUGUAUCCUCUGGAUGUCGCCAAAAUCAAGGUGGUGGUUGGGAAGUAUUACCGGGAUGAUCAGAGUGAGCGUAAAGGUCUUCAGCAUCUCAGGGUGGCCUCUCUUAUCGUCCAUCCAAACUAUGAUCCUCACAUCCUGGACUCGGACAUUGCCGUCAUCAAGUUGCUGGACAAAGCAAAGAUCGGGGAGAAGGUCUCUCCGCUCUGCCUCUCCAACAGCCUCGGUGAAGGACAAGCCCUUGUGACAGGCUGGUCCCCACUGCCCGACUCCAGUCUAGGAGCAGAUGAAAAAGCCAGAGUUGGACUUGUUCAGCUCGCAGACGUGGUCCCCUGUGAGCAGCAAUAUGCUCGGAACGGCAUGCCAGUGAGCGUGACAGAAAACAUGCUGUGUGCCAGCCAGAAGCCCGACUACGGGCCCUCCAACAUUUGCCCCUCUGACACGGGGGGAAUCCUCAUCCUCCCAGCGGUGAACAACCUGAAGCAGUCUUUCGGCUCCACCAGCGGGGAGAGCAAAGGAUUAUGGAAGCUUCUCGGGUUAGUAAGCUUCGGUUACGAUCAAGGGGAGUGUGAUCCCGACCUGUACACGGUCUUCACACGUACGUCUGAAUUCAAAGACUGGAUUGAAAGUUACAUGAAAUAGCAGACUGGCUGGGCGUCACUGAGCGCAUCACUUGAAGGAGUUUAAACACCAGCAAGGUUUAAAUCUGGUAGUGACUGUUGAAUGGCAAAUUUUGCAAAGCUUCUAGAUGCACAGAGAUGUAACGUGCGAUGUCAAACCCACAGACGGACGGAUACAGGCAUUUUAUUAACCUCAGUCUUUUCAAAGGUAAAGCCAGGAAUGACUGACUGAACUGUUACCACCCAAAGAAACAAAUUUCAUUCAAACCUUUGACCAUCUGUUUCUGUUGACAGUUGCAGUGCGUAAUGGGGAGUAAUAGAUGGCCGCACCUUUUCAUCAAUAGCAACAGACGUGAUGAAUUUGAAUAUGCCUGACAUAAUGCAAGUCUAAGUCAAGAUCCAGGAGGAUCCAAAUCGAAGCCACAGACUAAAAAGUGGCCCCUUACCACACGUCUAAGUCAAUUUAAUAUUCACUGAAAAGAAGUGAUGGUUAGAUGAGGUAUCAUGAAACAGUAUUGCUGGGAUGAUGAAGCAGUGUCCUCAGUUUCCGGAGCCACUAGAUGGCGCCCUUGGUUUAGAAAUGAUGUGAGCUUUCAUUGAAUAAGUCAUUUUUCAGCAGGCAGUGCCAUCUGGUGGCCCCUGGGAAUCAGGACACUGUUUCAUUAAACCUCAUCAACCCUUCAAUACUGUGUCAUGAAACCUCAUCUACCCUUCAAUACUGUUAUGAAACCUCAUCUACCCCUCAAUACUGUGUCAUGAAACCUCAUCUACCCAUCACAAAGUAUCCAAAUUAAGAGAUACAGAGUGUUGACCUCCUUCCACUAGAGUGCAACCUUUCCGCUUCAGUGUUUGUAAAGGGGAGAUUAAAAAAUGCCCCCAAAAGUUCCUGAAAUACUCUCCAAUACACCAAAAUAUGAUCUACAAAAAUGAGCAGCAGACAGUGCCAUCUGGUGGCCUCAGAAAAUUUGGACGGUGUUUUAUGAAACAUCAUCUACCCUGCAAUACUGUGUCAUGAAACCUCGUCUACCCAUCACAAAUUGAAACGCACUAAACCAGAUCACCUCCAAAGUGAUCCAAAGUGUUGAACCUCUACCUUUUUUUUACUAAGCGCACGCAAUAAAUAUCACGAAAAAGUGAGUGACGGACAUGUGUGACUCAAAGGUACCUGUCUUGUUUAGAUGUGGGCAUUUUGCAAACAACACUGGACACUCCUGUCCUUCGACUGAAGAGGGCGCUGAUGCACAAUCACGUGCCUCCGUGGUUCAGGCUCCUCAACCUGAGAACCUUGUCAUUCCAACCAAUGUUCUUCCCUUUGCUUUUUUUUACUUGUGUAUAAUUCAAUGUAUAUAGUUUGAAAUGUACUGAUGCAUUUUUGAUCAUAGU